AUGAAGGAAGCAAGCUCGCAAGAGGUCAAGCUCAACGCCAACGCCGUCAACCUCCUCCGCGACGUCUAUGAAGCCUACUGCGUCACCCAGCAGCAGCGGCCAGGAGGGUCGAAGAUCGAGCUCGGCGUAAGAGGAUGGGAAACUUUCUGCUCCGACUGCGAGCUCGUGGGAGGCAACCUGACGCUUCCCGCGCUGCGAAAAAUCUUUGAGGAGGAGGACAAGGACGGGCGAGGGCUGCUGAGCUUCGAGAGCUUCUUGCGCGCUCUUUCAGCAGUGAGCGACAACAUGUUCGAGGACGAGGACGACGCCAUGUCGCGUCUCGUGUACUUCAAGGUCAUCAAAUUUGGGAGAUUGACGAGGAGCAGCGGCAGGGAGAAGGAGGAGGGGGAGGAGGAGGACGAGGUAUCUUGGGAUGACAGUCGCUUCUCCUUCCGCGCAGCUCCGUCGGAGGAGAGCGCGCAGCUACUGAAGCAGCAUCUCGAGUGCAGCAAGGAGAGCGCAAAGCUGUCGACACUGGGGCCUCUGCUGGUGGGAGCUUACCUGUACUACAAGGGCUCAAGCCCCCUCCUCUCCCUCCAAGGCAUGGUUCAAAUCUGCUUCGACCUCGGCAUCGUCCCCUCCUUGCUCUCCUACACGCAGGUACAAGCUCGCUUCCGUGCCUUCUGCUCCUCCUCCCCUCCCGAGCCCCAGGGCCUCAACUACGUCGGGAUGAUGCGAUGCCUGCGGGCGUGCGCGGACUCUGCGUUCAGAGGAGACCCGAGCGGGAAGGACUCGACGACGAUGCUGGUGGAGCGGAUGAUCAGCCCGCCGAUGCUCUCGCGGGAGGUCGACAAGCCUCGCUCCUACUUCGCCAUGGAGAGCCGUAAGGUCGGGGGCCAGCUCGGAGUGAGCCGACAAGAUGAGGAAGAGGAGAGGGAGAAGGGGAGGCGCGCGAGAGAAGCUGGGCUGCAGUUGGGGGGCGACAGUGGAAGUAGCGGGCAAGAGGAGGGGGAAGACAAGGAGCUUGAACGAGCUCUGCAACGGCUGGAGGAGGAGCUGAAACGGCAGAUGGAUGAGCUGGCGAGCAAGUACGCGGAGAAGGAGGUUGGGAUCAAGAGACAGCGCGAGGCAGCUCGGAAGCAGCUGGAGGAGGAGUGUGCGAUGAAGCUGCUCGAGUCAGAGUCUCGGCUCUACCUCAACCUCUCCAAGUUCCAUCCCUCCCAGCAGCUCCUCGACCUCAAGUCCAAGGCCCGCGCCCUCCAGGUGGCCAAACACGCGAGCGCGAGCGAGCGGAUUGAGGUGGAGGAGGAGGUGAGGGUGAGGGAGACGGAAGAGCGCGAGAAGUUCCGGGAGAAGGUGAGGAUGGAGCACCAGGUGCUGCAUGCUCGAGUCAAGAUGGAGGUGGAGAAGGCGAAGACUCGGUUCGAGGAGGAGACGCAGAGCCUGCAGGGGGAAACGCUGGCGCUCAUGGAGACAGACUUCCAGAGCAUGCGACAGAAGUAUGAAACCAAGCGCGCGGCUCUACAGCAGCUUCACGCGAGGAGCAAGACGUCAGAGGCAAGCAAGUUCGCCUUCCUGUCCGCCAUCGCCGAGAAGUCCAAGGGAAGGAAGACAAGCGUUCCUCCUCUCGACCUGCACCUCAAGCUCGACUCGUCCCAUGCCAACCAGCUGGACAGCAGCAGAAGGAGAGGAGGAGGAGGAGGAGGAGGCACCCAACGGUCUGCGAGGUCUACUGCCUCUCAGCCUUCUCUUGCUCCGACGACGCCGCGAGCGAGACAGAAGGCAGGAGGAGGAAGGAGAGCGACGGAGAUGUUGCAGCGGGUGCUGCGGGAGAUCUUUGACAACGUGCUGGAGGCUUUUGUGUUCCUCGACAUGGACGGGUCUGACUGCAUCCUCCGCUACCAACUCGCACGACAAAUGCAGAGGAUCGCUCCCCAUGUCUCCUUCGAGCAGGUUUGCUGGGAGCAGGUGAUGGUGGAGGUGGACGGCAAGAGCAGCAACAACAGCAUCCCCCUGCUCAAGUUCGUGCAGCACUUCUCAUGGCCUGACGGCAUCGCCGACAGACAGCGAGAGUACGAGAAGCUGAAGCUCAACCGCAGAGAGGUCCUCGCAAAGUUUGAGAGGUGGAGGAGGAGCAAGCUCGACGAGGUCACCAACGCGUUCGUUGCCAAGAAGCCGGCGGGGACGGUAGAGGCGAAGAGAGCAGAGAGCAAGACGAUCAUGGCGACGUCCCCUCGUCCUCCUCCCUCCUGCGUCGACGACUCCUCGGUGAGCAGCUGCAAGGUCCCCGAUCUCUCCUCCUCCUCCUCCGCCUUCCGUGCCAAGUCAGCUCCUCGCGAGAGGCCCUCGCAGAGCAAGCUUGACCGGCUGGUGAGAGGGGAGGAGGUGUCGCGGAGAGGAGCUCGCGGGGCCCACGACGGGGACGGGGGAGAGACAAGGAGGAAGGCAUGGGUGUCCGAUGCUGUUCGAGAUGCGGAGGUAAAGAAGCUGGAGAGAGAAAAGAGGAAGCUUGCAGUACAGCUCCUCGAUGCCGAGAGAAAGCUUGCUCUCGCCAGCUCGGCAGCAGCAGCGGAGGGGGAUGAAGCGAAGGGCUCGCUAUCCUCGUCUCGUCGACACAGCUCGAGGGCACAGGCAAGGUCUCCUCCUCCCUUCGUGGGCCCCAAGGGAGCGUACAAGGAGGAGAAGAGCGUCGCGAUGUUCGAGGAGGGAGCCGCCAAUUUCGUCGUGUCUAAGACGGGCCUGUGGGCUCCUGUGCCCCGCGGCGCUGCGGAGAAGAGCAACGAGGAGGAUUCGAAGAUGCCGCGGCCGGGGGAUGGGGAGGAGAGAGAAGCAGCAGGCAUGAAGGAGGUCAGGCCGCAGCAGGGGGUAGGAGGCGGCGCUGGGGAGGAGAGGCAGACGGCCUCGCAUCCUCCGCUGGCUGCCUUGGCGUCGAGGCAGGACGACUGGCUGGACACGUGCAUCCAGAUGAUCAGCGGGUUUGUGGGUCAAGAUCUCGAGAAGCGAGAGGCCUCUCAAACGGAAGAGAGGUAUCACUCGCUCGCUCAGAUAAGACCAGAAGGACAAGGAAGAGUAUCCGGCAGCUUGGAGGAGGCCAUCAGCUUCGCUUCCGACCAGUCUCCCUCCCACCUUCUGGCCGAUCAUCCCACCAGGAGCCUCGUCGACCCCACAUGGAGCCCUCUCGAGCUCGACCAGUCCGCUCCUCCUCGUCCUCGCCCUGUUGAGAUGGAUACUUCCGCCCACUGGGACAUCAGCCCGGGUUCGGGCGACAUGCGCGCCUCCUCGUCGCUUCCCUCGCGCUUCCAGGCUGCCGUGGCGGAGCAGGAGGAGGAGGAUCAAGUGCCUGUGGCGAGCCUAGAGGAAGACUUCAACGGCUACCAGGAGCUCACAAUUACCGACGUGCUUGGAGAGAGGAGGAAGGAGCAGAUGCUUCCUUGGAGCCUGGACGUGGCCAUGCGAGCGACCAUUCAGGAGAUGUCAGGAGACCUGGAGCAGGCGGAAGACGCGAGGGAGCAGGACAAGCCCCACGGGCACAACCGACAGCAAGUCGCUGCUCGUGCGGGGAAGGAGGAGGAAACCGCAAGCCACAUCGCGAGGAAGCAGGCAUGGUUCAAGAAGAAGCUGGUGCUGACUCGUCGG